GGGAGGGACCUAAAAGGAUGGAGGGAGGAAGGCGCCCGCUCACAUGAUUUCCGCUUCCUCCUCCCUUUCCUCGUGCUGCUUCUGGGUCCUCCGAUUCGUUUCUGAGCUCGGGGAGAUGCCAAGGAAGAUAAGGGCGAAGCCGCGGCUGAGCUGGGAGCAAUCAGUGACCUUCAAGGAUGUGGCUGUGGACUUCACUCAGGAAGAAUGGGAUUACUUGGAUCCUUCUCAAAAAGAGUUGUAUAGGGAAGUGAUGCAGGAGAACUAUAAAAACCUGGUCUGCUUAGGACUUGCAGUUUCCCAGCCAGAUGUCAUUUACCAUCUAGAACAAGGGAGAGUGCCAUGGAGGGCAGAAGAAGGAAUUCUAAGAUGGAGUUGCCCAGUUUUAAUUACCAAACCUGAAACAAAGAGAUCACCUCCUAAUCUGGGUAUUUACAUACAACAGUCAGCCCAAGAAGGGUUCAUAAGGCAUGAUCAUUAUUCCUCCAAGAAAAUUUCUACUGAAGAGAAAUCCCAUAAAUGUAGUGAAUGUGGGAAGACCUUUGGUAAUAAGUCAGCGCUUUCUCAACAUCAGCUUGUUCAUACUGGAGAAAAACCUUAUGAAUGCAUUGAAUGUGGGAAGGCCUUUUCCCGGAAGGCAGGAUUUAUUCAACAUCAGCGUAUUCAUACUGGUGAGAAAACAUAUCAGUGUGUUGAAUGUGGAAAAUCCUUCUCUUGGAAUGGAGAACUUACUCAGCAUCAGCGUAUUCAUACUGGAGAAAAACCUUAUGAAUGUAAUGAAUGUGAGAAGACUUUCCGACAGAGCACACAGCUUACUCAACAUCAGCAUGUUCAUACUGGAGAGAAACCUUAUAAAUGUAAUGAAUGUGGGAAGGCCUUUCGUCUGAGCACACAGCUUACCAGACAUCAUACAAUUCACACUGGAGAGAAACCUUAUGAAUGCAAUGAAUGUGGAAAGGCCUUCCGCCAGGGCACACAGCUUACUCAACAUCAAUGUAUUCAUACGGGAGAGAAACCUCAUAAGUGCAAUGAAUGUGGAAAGGCCUUCCUUCAGAACAUGCAGCUUACUAUACAUCAGAAGAGUCAUGCUAGAGAAGAAUCUUAUGAAUGUAGAAAAUGCGGGAAGACCUUCUCCCAAAAGGCAGAAUUUACUCUACAUAAAUGUAUUCAUUUAGGAAAGAAAUCUUAUGAAUGCAAUGAAUGUGGGAAGGCCUUUCACCUGAACACUCUACUUACACAGCAUCUGUAUGUUCAUAGUGGUGAGAAACCUUUUGAAUGUAAUAAAUGUAGGAAGUCCUUCCACCGAAGAGCAUUGCUUAUUCAACAUCAACGUAUUCAUACUAGAGAGAAACUUUAUGAAUGUGUCAAAUGUAGAAAGACGUUCUCUUGGAGUGGAGAACUUGUACAGCACCAGUGUAUUCAUACUGGAGAGAAACCUUACAAAUGUAACGAAUGUGGGAAGGCCUUCCAAGAGAGCACUCAGCUUAGUCAACAUCAGCAUAUUCAUACUGGACAGAAACCUUAUGAAUGUAAUGAAUGUGGGAAGACCUUCCGCCUGAGCACAAUGCUUAAUCAACAUCAGAGAAUUCAUACAGGAGAGAAACCUUAUGAAUGCAUUACGUGUGGGAAAACCUUCCAACAGAGCACACAGCUUGCUAGGCAUCAGAAAAUUCAUACUGGAGAGAGAUCUUAUGAAUGUGGUGAAUGUGAGAAAGCAUUCUCUCAGAAGGCAGAACUUGCUAUACAUAAACGUAUUCAUACUGGAGAGAAACCUUAUGAAUGUAAUGAAUGUGGAAAGGCCUUCCGCCUGAGCACACUGUUGAAUCGGCAUCAGCGUAUUCACACUGGAGAAAAACCUUAUGAAUGCAGUGAGUGCAGGAAGACCUUCCGCCUGAGCACACAGCUUAUUAGACAUAAGAGAAUUCAUACUGGAGAGAAACCCUAUAAAUGUAAUGAAUGUGGAAAGGCCUUCCGUCUGAGAGUACUACUUAUUCAGCAUCAUAAUAUCCAUACAGGAAAGAAACCUUAUGAAUGUAAUGAAUGCGGGAAGGCCUUCCGACAAAGAACACUGCUCACUAGACAUCAGAGAAUUCAUACAGGGGAAAAACCUUAUGAGUGCAAUGAAUGUGGGAAGACUUUCAGCCAGAGUGCACAUCUUGCCCAACAUCAGACAAUUCAUACUGGGGAGAAACCUUAUGAAUGUAAGGAAUGUGGAAAAGCCUUCCGCCUGAAUGCAUUGCUUAUUCAACAUCACCAUGUUCACACUGGAGAGAAACCUCAUAAAUGCAAUGAAUGUGGAAAGGCUUUUCAUAAGAGCAUGCAGCUUAGUAGACAUCAGUGCCCAGGAAGAAAUUAAUGAAUAUAAUAAUCACAGGUAGCCCUGUAAUAGUCUAUCAUCUCUUACCACAUGAUUCAUACUAAAAUAAACCGUAUGAAUGUUAACAAGGGGAAAAGACUUUCAUUUGAGCAAAUAUCUUCAUCAAUGUAAUAGAAUUUAUAUUGAAGGUAAACUAUAUGAAUGCUGUAACACUUUCAUCUAUAACACAUACACCUGAAGCCUCUCUAACCUCUUCAAGGAGUGGGUUUCUCAAAUGUAUAAUAUGUCUCUGCUAUAUAAGAAUCUGGCCCCACUUGUCAGUCAGACACAGAUCCCUUUUAUUGGAAAAGAAAUGCCAUUUAUUUAUAUUGGGUUAUGUCACUGUGAUCUUGAAUGUCCUAAAGGAAUCCUUGGUGUCAACAAGAAGAUUAGCACUAUGGAUCUGGCAUAUAUUAUGUAUGUAUGUAUGUUUAUACUUGACCAAAAAAGAUAGAGUGGUAGCACUGAUUGGGUCCAGCUCUAUAUUAUUUAAUCUCUUGACUGUACUGAAGGUACCAAAUUGAGUCAACACCUUUGAAGAAGUUUGUCUCUUCUGUAGAAAUUUUCAGGAACAUAAUGGCCAGAGGUGGCAAAAAGUAACAAAGAAACACUGAGAUUCCACCUCAAAAGCAGAUAUAAAGAAUUAAAAUUUUAGUGACUCUUUAAUGCCUAAAUAAUAACAGGAUCCUCUGAGGAAGAAAUUUGGCAUAGAGCUGAUGUGUUCUCAUUGCAGAAGUAGGAUGAGGGAGGAAGAUAUGAUCAAAGAGCAAGGAACCCUGACCUCCUCAGUGACUCCUGACUUUUUCAAGAAUGGUCUUGAAAAGUUGCCUCAUAUGAGAUGGAAAACAUCAAAAACUAGUUGAAAGAACUAUAAAGUCAAAAUUUUAAUGGAGUCCUACAAAAAGUAGUCCUCUAAAAGAAGAUUGAAAGGGACAAAUGAGGUGGCUUAGUAGAUACAGGGAGCCAGUCCUGAAGACAGGAGAUCCUGGGUCCAAAUAUGGCUUCAUACACUUCCUAGCUGUGUGAUCCUGGGCACUAAACUCCAGUUGCCUGCCUCCUCUUUUUCUAAUGCCUUGGAACUGAUACUAUUCAUUUUAAGACAAUGUAAGGAGUUGAUUUUUUUUUAAAGAAGAUUGAAGAUUGGAGAAUGCAUGUACUGUUGAACUUCAAAGGGAAAAAAGAGAAGUAAAAUGGAUCAGCAAGCAAUAUCAUGAGCUCAAGAUGCUCAGAAUGUGGCAGUUAAUAUCAGAACUUUGCAAAGAACUAUGCCAUCAUUGCUAAAUCUCUCAAUUAUCUGGUUGGGCUUAUAGUUAAGAUGAAUAGAGAGGACCAAAAAUAUCACAAUGUGGCAACAUUUAUUUGGAUCUUGUUGGGAUGAGAAAUAUGAGCAGACAUUCAAAAACUUAGUUAUGAUUCAUACCCUGAUCUUUGCAUUUGCAAAUCCAAGGAAAUUCUUUUGAGUUACAUAAUGAUGCCACCCUGAAAGUCUAGGGAAUCAUUUUAAUCCAGGUGAGCAGUUGUAACCAGAGCCAAUUGUAUAUGUCAAUUUAGGAUUUACUGACACUGGGAUGUACUUAUCUAUAAACCAGAAUUCUUGGCUAUGAAGUGAUUUGGGGAGCCCCAUUGCCCCCCCCCCCAAAAAUCCAUUACCUUGUAUUUUUAUAAAUGCUAAGAAGGACAUGCCUACCAGGAAGACAGACUGGACUAAAGAUCAUUGGCUCCAUCUACCUAUCCACUUUCAUCAAAUGAUGUUCCCUGAAUGGAUUUUAUGGACUUUAUCUAGCCACCAGGGUCUCAGUGGUUGUUGCAAGCAAUGUCCUUAUACCACCACCUUACAUAUCUGAUUUCAAAGAGUGUCAGCUGACAAAGACCAAAAAGAGUAGAAAGAGGCUUAACUCUUAGAUUUAUGAGGCUGGCUUAGAUGUCUGUGAGUUUCAUUCAAAAAAGCCAUGAAAUAAUUUCUGAGGCAAGGAACCAAGAAGUCUGAGUCAUUCUCAUCUUGCCUGGAAAAGAAGUCUGCAUGGUCCUGCAUUUCAUUGAAGAACCAGGAGUUGGACAACAGGAAUAAUAUAUACAACAAAGACUAAGUCAGUUAGGGGAACAGUUAUGGGCCGAGUUCAUACUUCAUCCAAGAGUUCACUUUGUUCACGAAAAGUAGUGAUUAAGUCUUCCUUUGACUUUUUCCAUUCUGUUAGUGAGUAGAUUGCUGGUUGCCAAGUCUAGAAAAGUUAUCUUCUUCACUUCCUGCCCAUAUUAUUAUGACAACCUCUUAAUUGGUCUUCCUGUCUUAAAACUUUCCCCAUCCCAGUCCAUAUUAUGCAUUGCUGCCAAAAUAAUUUUCCUAAAGGGCAAAGCUAGCCAUAUAACUCUCCUACAUUAUCAAUUCCUUUGGCUUCCUAUUGUGUCUAACAUAAAAAAUAAACCCUUCUGUUUAGCUAGUAAAGCCCUUCAUGCCCUGUACUCAACCUGUAUUUCCAACCUUACUGAAUAUUCCUUUCCCUCUGUACUGUGUGCUCUAGCCAAUCUGAUCUUCUCUUGCUUGCUCACAGCCUUGCAUCACCAUUCUCCAUACCUUUUGCACCUGUCAUUCCCCAUACAUGGAAUUCACUUUCUCCUUAGCUUUGUCUGCCCCAAAGUACCUGUCUAACUAUAAAGUUCAACUCAAGUAACAUAUGGUCCCCAAAACCUUUCCUGAAUCCUCCAAUUGCAGUCUCCCCCCAUCAAACUAAUUGUAUUUAACCACUUUGCAUGUGUAUAUCAUUUCUUAACUUUAUCCUGUAUAUGUAUUUUUUGUUUGUUGUCUAUUCUAUUAUAAUAUAAAUUCACUAGGAAUAAGGAUUGUUUUAUUCCUUGUGCUUGUAUUCCUAGGAUCUAGCACAGUGCUUGUUACAUAGCAGUUUAAUAAAUGGUUAUUGAUCAAUGGA